AUGGCUGGGACAGACGAGACGUUCCAGCCAUCGCCUCAACUGUUGACUCACACAAUCAGACAAUCUCUCGACACCUACUUGACGCAUAAGUAUCCCAUCACACCAAUGAUAGAUCGAGAACGUAUAGAAGAGUACAUCCGGAACUUCGCCCAAUGCCCCGGAUGCUAUGGCGUUAUUGUGUCCUGUUGCGCCACCGUCGCUCCGGACCGUGACGCGUCGUCGGCCUCUGCCGCUGAUUCGCCAGAGUUGUCUCGUCAGCGCAGCCAUUACGACCUCUCGGAGCCCUCGGCCGACUUCUUGGUCUCUGAAGUGCUGCGAUCAAGGCGGUUCUGUCACCUCGCGGACAACCAGUCCCUUGCACAAGUUCAAACCUCUUUCAUGCUGCAUUGUGCACACUCUAGCCCCCGCAACGACUAUGCGGCUUGGUUCUACCUACGUGAAGCGAUAACUAUACUACAGACGCUUAGGUACCAUGAAGAAGCCACUUACGAGGAGGCGACCAACCUGUCUGUUGCGAGGGAAGCUAGACGGGCAUUUUGGGUCCUCUUCGUCACGGAACGUGCUUUCGCGAUUCAGCGACAUAAGACCCUGGCCUUGCAUUCCACAAUUAACCUACCUCGCUUCGAUCCACUCCUUGCGGACUCUAAAAUCCUGCAUGGCUUUCUUGAUCUGAUCUCCCUCUUCCGGCUUUUCGAUGCCGAAUUCAUUACAGCGUGGAACUCUUAUACGGAACGUCAGACGGUUAAGCCGGCGAAACCCCCAGAUCAUGAGCAGCUGUGCCAGCUGCAGGGAGCCCUGUCAAACUGCCUCGCCGAUGUGUCCGCCUACCCCGAGUCGCAGCAAGCCGAGCUUUUCGUCACAUGCGGGUGGCUUAAGACUGUUGUGUGGCAGCUGUGCUUGUCAGCGACGACGCUGACGAGCACGAAUUAUUGCGAUAGUAUGUCGCUAGGCUAUCCCUUAAGCAUAGCCCGAGACAUUGUCCUUGUCCUCCAACUCUCACCCCAGAGGACCUUUGCUACAAACAGGGUUAGCAUGUUGGAGAAGUUGUCCCAGGUUGGAAGUUCACUAGCAGAUGUGCUUUCAUUGAACGCACCUACUGUUCUCCGGCCAUUGACGCUUGAUGCUUCUAUGGACACUCUGAUGGAGAUUUUGAAGAUCGCGAGCGAGAUGCUCCGAGCCAGUUGUGAGUCCCCCACCCCCCGAAACAAGCUCAGUUAA